CCUUCGGGAGAAGAUCACUGCCAGUCACUCGCUAGUCUCAGUUGCAAAUAAACUGCGAUUGUGUCGCGUGGCCUGCGAAAAUUAGGCGCCCGGCACCAUCACCGCCUUCGAGACCUCAACACAGCCGGGGGCUGUUUCAAACUACUAUUUUAACUUUGUUAGUUGCUGGUCGGCGGCUGUAGGAUGAUCAAAGUGGACGAGACUGACCCAGUAGGAGAGUUGGAGCCAAGCUUCCCCUACCGAGAGGUCAUCUGCAGGCGGAAUGUCGACAUGAAGGAGUUCUACGAUCUCGAGACUGAAGUUGGCAGAGGGAAAUUCGGCACCGUGUACAAGUGCAAAGAAAAGGCCACUGGACUCGGCCUGGCUGCGAAAUUCGUGCUGACCCCGCGCAAGGAAGACAGGCGAAAUGUGGAGAGGGAGGUGGAUAUCAUGAAGGUCCUCCAGCAUCCCAGACUGAUUCAGCUCUACGACGCCUUUGAUAAUGGAAAAACUAUGUGUCUCGUUUUAGAGCUAAUCACUGGUGGCGAAUUGUUUGAGCGAGUCAUCGACGACGACUUUGUACUGACGGAAAAAGCGUGUGCGGUGUUCAUGAGACAAAUAUGCGAGGGCGUCGAAUUCGUCCACAAACAAAACAUUCUACACCUCGACAUGAAGCCGGAGAACAUUUUGUGUCUGACGAGGACGGGGAACAGAAUCAAAAUCAUCGACUUCGGUCUGGCGCGGAAGUUCGACCCGGAAAAAAAGCUGCAGGUUUUGUUUGGCACGCCCGAAUUCGUCGCCCCCGAAGUAGUGAAUUUCGACAAAAUUGGCUUCGGCACGGACAUGUGGUCUGUGGGAGUCAUUUGCUAUGUGCUGCUGUCUGGACUGUCGCCAUUCAUGGGCGAGACUGAUAUCGAAACCAUGGCCAACGUUACCAUUGCCAACUACGACUUCGACGACGAGGCGUUCAACGAGAUUUCCUCUGAGGCCAAAGACUUCAUUCAGAAACUCCUUGUCAAGGACCAAAGCGCCCGUUUGACAGCGUCUGAGUGUCUGAAGCAUCCGUGGUUGCGGAGGCGGUCGCCACCGGCCAAUAACGCCGCCACCACCAUCAAAAUCCCCCCGCCCGUGGUGGUGGAGGAGCCACCCUCACCACCCCCUCUCGAGGUCACCAAGGACAACCUCCGCGGCUUCGUUGAGCGGUGGGGCGAACACCCCAACAGCCCCUACGUGUUUGACCCCACGUGUCACUCCAUCUCGUUGUCCAACUGCGCCGGCAUGGUCGGACAGUCCGCCCACUCAAUGCGUGCGGGUUCGCCGUCGCCACAUAGCUCACUUCCCAGCUCGCCAGACUCCGUGCUCGAGUUCGGUGAAGAAUUCACGCACUACAGUUUCCAGGACGCACCCACCGUCGUCCACAGCCGCUUCCUGGACAAGAUCAUUUCGGAAAGACGCGCAUCUGACAGUUGCUGUCUGGCGUCCCGGUUGUCCAGACAGCCAACCACAAAUCUCGCCGAUGAAAUAAAACGCCUGUCUGACAGGCUAUGUCGGUUGAUAGCUCACGAUUUGGCCAACAAUAACAAUAGUGCCAGUGGGCCCAAAUUCCGUUUGUCGGAAAUUAGUCGGGACGUUCCGAGAGCCAAACCGGACAGUCCGUUGCGUUCUCUUAGCUCUUCGUCGAGUCAGUCGGCGCCAUCGUCACCAACCAGACUGUCGCCCGAACCGCAGGGGGUUGAAAACAGAAAGAGCAUGCGAUGGGGCCAGAUUGAGAUCAACAUCGACAACCACAGCAUCCGCAACAUUCGGACAAUUUUCGAGUCUUCCAGCUCAGAGUGCAAGAGUAGCAAAAAAGUUUUAGCCACAAAUCAAAAGCAGUCGGUGCCUCUUAAGUCCCUCUGAUUUUCGCGUUUCAAUUUUCCAGUGCGCGCAUGACCGCGGCCGAGUCACUGGAGCACACGUUCCUCCGCCACCCGGUUGCUGACGGGGCACUCCAGCUCAGCAAGCGCAAGCUGAAGCGCUACGUGAUCAAGAAGCGAUGGGCCAAAGCGGUCAACAUGAUAGUCGC